CGCUGCCUGCAAAGGCCUGAGUCAUCAUAACUCGGGUCGCGACCCGGCAUAAACCCAGGAUCCGAACCCGGAAGCCAAAUCCUUGGUUGCGUUUUCUUCUUCCUCCCUCCUCCGACGAGGUUUUAUCUCGGCUACUCUCCGCAGAUUCCUCCACACUUCUCCUUCGUAUCGGCCAUGGCAACUCUUUCUCUGCCAUCUUCUCUGAAACCUUACCUCUUCUCUCACAGACUCUCUUUUCCUUCCUCUACUUCUCUCUCUUCCCCCCCUUCCUUCUGUUCUUCUUCUCCUUCGUCCUCUCUCAGACCCGGCGCCCGACCCAUUUCCGCAUCGCUCGAAUCUCAUCCUUCGCCGUCGCCGUCAAAAUUCUCCGGUGCCUCUAUACUGUUUUCGGCCACACAAUCGCCGGCGACCGCCAUGCGUGGAGCAGAGUCCGAUGCCAUGGGACUUCUCCUCAGGGAGCGUAUCGUCUUCCUCGGCAGCGAAAUCGAAGACUUCGUGGCUGAAUCCAUUAUGAGUCAGUUGCUGCUGCUGGAUGCUCAGGACCCUAAGAAAGACAUCAAGCUCUUCAUCAAUUCCCCUGGCGGAUCCCUCAGUGCGACCAUGGCUAUAUACGAUGCGGUGCAAUUGGUGAGGGCCGAUGUCUCGACAGUUGCCAUUGGCAUAGUGGCAUCGACUGCCUCUAUAAUUCUCGGCGGGGGAACUAAAGGCAAGCGCUUUGCAAUGCCCAACACCCGAAUAAUGAUCCAUCAGCCUCUCGGAGGGGCCAGUGGUCAAGCCAUAGAUGUGGAAAUCCAAGCCCGUGAAGUCAUGCAUAACAAGAACAACGUCACGAGUAUCAUGGCAGGUUUUACUGGUCGUACAUUCGAGCAAGUCGAGAAAGAUAUAGACAGAGACCGGUACAUGUCUCCCAUUGAAGCGGUUGAGUACGGGAUAAUAGAUGGAGUCAUUGAUAGAGACGUCAUCAUCCCUCUGGUCCCGGUUCCGGAGAGGGUGAAACCAAGAAUGAACUAUGAGGAGAUCGGUAAAGAUUCUAGGAAAUUCUUGACACCCGAUAUCCCGAAUGGUGAAAUAUACUAGCCGAGCUCGAUCAGACCAGGUAACUGGGGCAGGACAAGCUCGUUCAGUUCCGCAAGCUGGAGGCCAAGUCUCUGUAUCGCCUGUCAGAUAACCGUUGUUUUAAUAUCUCUGUUUCAACACAAAAGGUUAUAUUACUCUUUCACUUUUGUCAUAGCCAUGUAUUAGGAAGUUGAACAAUCUCUGAAUCUGAUGGGGUUCCCCCUUACAUUCUGAAACGAGCCAUUGUCUUGAAAGUAAGAAGUCAAACUUGGACUUUGACUUUGUAUGAAACA